GCGCGGGGGCGCGGGCCUGCCCCGCGGGCCCCGCCCCCCCCCCCCCCCCGCAAUGGCGGCGACCAGGCCGCAGGGCGCGCCACCGCUGCUGGCUCACGGGGGGGGCUCGUCGCCGAGGGCGGGCGGCGCGGGCGCGGAGGAGGGCGUGGCGCCUGGCACAUGGGUGGAGGAGCUGAAGCACCAGAUCAAGCAGGCCACGGACGAGGGCCGCUUCGACGAGAUCCCCGCGCUGCUGCAGCAGAUCCGGGCGCGGCAGCACGCCGCGGAGGGCGAGGCCGAGCGGCCGGGCAGCAAGCGGCCGCCGCUCCGACCCUCCACGGCCUCCACGCGCGCGCCCAUCUCGCAGCCCGGCUCCCCGGAGCCCGCCGCGCCGCCGCGGCUCCCGCCGGAGGCGGGCGCGGGGCCCCCGAGGGGCCUGCGGCCCUCGCUGAGCUGGGCCUCCCGCGAGGGCUCCUCGGGCCAGCUCUCGCAGCUCCCCUCCCCGGAGCCGCUCACGCCGCCGGGGGGCGCGCCCGCGCCGCGCGCCGCGCGGGCCGCCCCGCCGGAGCCGGCCGCCCCCGCGCAGAGGCGGCGCCCGCACACCGCCAGGGCCCGGGCCGCGGCCGCGCAGCAGCCGCCGGGGCCGUGGAGCCUGCCGUACGGCAGCCUCCCGGAGGACGAGGCGGAGCCGGCGCUCGCGCUCGCGGGCGCGCCGGGCCGCAGCGCCCGGCGCCCCACCACGGUGAGCGCGCGUCAGGCAAGGAUCUUCUCCGAGAGGGGCGGCUUCAGCGGCUCGCCCUGGAGAGCCGAGGAGUGGCUGCUGAUGCGGCGGCGCGCACUGCAGAGUGGGCGCACGGACGAGCUCGUGCCUCUGCUGGAAGCGGUGCGGGCGUCCACGGAGAAGGCAAUCCGAGAUGGCUCGUACGAGGCGGGCGAGACAGCGGGGCGCCUUUCGCAAAGCGCACGAGUUGACCUGUCUGCGAUCUCCAGCGCGAACCCUCACGUUGCCUGGCGCAGGAGGGAGACCCUGUCGGCGAGGCCACCGCCGCCACAGCUCGGCAGGCAGGCCCCGCGCCUGCAGAUCGGCAGCGAGUCCGUCCUGGACACCGCGAUCCGCCUCCGCCGGGCGGGCGUGGAGUCGCCGAUAGUGGUGGUGGCAGAGGUCCAGGCCUUCGCGGGCGACGGCUCCAUCGACACGCGCACGGCCCAGGCCGUCUCCCCGGGGGAUCUGCUGCUUCGUUCCGAUUUCGGCCGCUUCGUGGGCGCCCUGCGCAGGCAGUGCAGCUCCCACCGGGACGGCCGCCUGCCCAACAGGCUGCCCAGCAGGGCAGACGCACCCCUGGGCGCCCUCUGCAAUGUCUGGGCGCUGGCGUCGACCCUGGGCGCGCCGGCGCGCGGGGAGGAGGCGAACCUGCGGGGCGAGCUCGCGGCGCCCAGGGGCCCGAGCAUCGUCGCCUGCCAGCAGGUCACCGUCUUCCGCGGCCCCGCGGAGGACGGCUACCCCUUCCUGCGGGAGCCCGUGCACGUGACGGUGCUCGUGACUGCCUUCCCGUGCGGCCCGCAGGCGCACACCCUGUCGUCCGCGGGCUCCCACAGCGAGUGGUACGCCGUGUGCGACGAGCGCGACGCGGUCGUCGAGCGCCUGGAGCUCCUGGCAGAGCUCGCCCGGCGCGAGCCGCCCGCUGGGGGGCACGCGGGCGAGGGCCCCCCGCUGCUCCUGCUCUGCCCGCCCGGCUGCGGUGCGCCGCGCCGGCAGCCGCGGCACGCGCUGGCCUACGCGCUGAAGGCGUGGCGGCUGCGCUACGGGGGGUGCUUCGGCGCCGUGCACCUGUGCUGCAGGGACUCCCGCGGGCCCCUGGAGGAGCUGGCCGGCCUCCUGCGCUCGGUGAUCAACGAGGAGCCCGCCCACAGCCCGGUGGUCGAUGCCGCGCGGGGCGUCGAGCCCGACGACCUGGAGGCGGCCUUCGCGGAUGUCAGGCGCGACCUCCCGAGUGAAGACGUUGCCGCCAGCAUAGACGCGAUCAUUGCCCUGCAGCGCACGAGGAAGGAGGCGCGCCACCAGGCCCGCGCGGAGCUGGACGCGUCGGAGCGGCACCUGAGCGACCCCGGCGCGACCACGCGCAUCGUGGAGCGCCGCCUGUCGCAGCAGGCGGCCGCGGCAGGGGAGAGGGGGGAGGGGAGCCGCCGCUUCUUCCCAUGGGGCGCCAUUCUGAUGAGCGCUAUCUUGUUUGCAGCCGUUGUACCGGCAGUUGGAUAUACGUGUCCAAUCCUCGGGUUUGCUGCAAAUAUUGUGAUCGUCCUUUUCCUGGGCGCCGGAAGUCCACCGGCGUUUCCGACCCUGAGCAAUCGGCUCGGCAUGAACGCGAUCGGUCUGGUCGUCACCGGCGUGAUCGGCGGGAGCUUGAUCGUCCCCCUCCCGAGCAGCGUGAUGGCCAACGACGUGGCGAUCGCGAAGGUCACGCGCAUGGGGGUGGUGAUGAUGCGGAUGGCGAUGCCAGUAUUGCCGGCAGUGAUGAAUCUGGUACGUCGCAUCGCAAGGAGGCCCCGUCACCUGUACCCGUACCCGUACAAGUUUUUGUUCCUGAAGGCUUUCAUGCCCGGUUGUGGUGACAUCUGGCUAUGCGUCUUGAGCGCCUCGUCCAGCUUCGCGAGCGCGGGCUGCAUCGGGAUUCUUACACUUGUGCGAACAAGAUUCUGCGUUAUAAUUGCAGGGUGUGCAUUCGCAGACCUUCUUAUGAGAGCAACGCUGCUCCGUGACAUGGACCACCAAGUGGAUAAGUUCCGAUACGCUUAUUAUGGCAUGGUUGCUGACGACAUUCAGUGCUUGCUUGUUGGGACCCCGAAGUUUCUCAUGGAACAGGCGCCGUUUGUCGCCUCGUCGCUUCUGCACGUGUUAUCGGUCUCUGCUCGGCUCCCAGUGUCCGUGCCCAAGUUGGCAUUGCUGACGUCUGACCCCGCGCUGGCUGAAGGUGUUAUUCAGGCCGUCCCUGUGCUUAGGCGCGCGUGGCCGCCUACGGUGCUUACCCCGGUGCUCAUCAAUGUGUGCCUGGUGCUGAAACUCUGGCUUUGCUAG